AUGCCUCGUCCAAAGCGCACAAAGGUCGCGCCCUCUGCGCCUGCCCCGCGUGUUAGAAAGGCGGCCCCCCAAAAAACCACACCCGCUGUCAACACAGCUGUUAGUGCUCCGAAAGCACAGUUCGAUGACCUGUACGAUGUCAGCGAUCCCGAGGACCGAGGAGUGAGGACUGUGCGACCUGUUAAGAAGGACAAUGGCAAAGUCAAGGGAAAGGCAGCUGUGGAAUCGCAGUUGGGCAAUAGGGAAAAUAGCAUGGUUUCCCCCAUCGAAGAUAAUGGUUCUGACGAUAUUGAGCAUGGAUCAAAAAGUCCUGAGAUCGAGGUUGGACGGAGAGAGAGGAACACGCCUGCCGUGGAAAAUUCAUCGCUUGCAAUUGGGAACUUCAGAAGAAGAGCGCGUCAACCGAGCAUCCUCGGUCGCGGUGCUGGGCGAGCGCGAUCUAGUAGUGUUGAAUCGAAUCUGGCAGACGACAACGGUCUUACAGGUGUGGGCAGGACGAAUACAUCACUUUUAGCUACCGGCAAUUUUAAAAGACGACCGCGACAGAAUAGUAUUCUGGGACGAGAUACAACGGCAAUAGCACCGAGCAGUAUGGGUCUAGAGAUAAGCACACCUGCGAAGGUUGGUUCAGCAUUGAAACUUGGCAACUUCAAGAGGAGGGCGAGGGCACCAAGUAUUCUUGGAACGGCUCAAAAGGCGCGGCAGCAGCCAGACUAUGACGAUGAAGACGAAGAUGAUUUCAAUCCUGAAGAUGAGUCGACGCCGUUGAAUAAAACCAAGACGAGGAACUUGACGAGCUCUUCAUCUGCAUCAGCGUCAAAUUCAAAGAAGCGCAAAUUACCAUCAGUUCAGGCCCCUCAAUCAACUCCCAUUUCGCGUUCUCCUGAAGCAGAUGAGGAUGAGGAACGCAUACCUGCGACUGUAUCCGUAAUCAAUGACGGAGAAGAACAUGAGGAGAAUCAUGCGCCGUCUUCACCGCAAGAACCUCCUAUGUCUCAUGUCGAAUCACGCUCCGUAACUCCCGAGCCCAUGAGCGAGACCAUGGCACCACCACAAGGUAGUAGUUCUGUCGCUUCUAGCCCUGAACCUCCCUUGCCAACAAGAAGACCUGUCUCCCGCGGCCGGCGGCAAUUGAGAGGCAGUACACCCCCACCAGCAACAUUAGACUCUCCCAUAUCCUCUCCACCAUCUCUGACACACUCUCCAAAUCGACUCUACAUGACCGCAAAGCCAAAAGGAAAGAAGGAAGCGCCACCUACAAGUACCUUCUCUACGGCUCAGCUACAAGCUCUCCUUCCACGAAGACGGCGGCAAACGACCCGUGACCCCUUCGACAUUCCGACCUCGGAAGACGAAGCCGAAGAAACCAACCUCGCGUCUGAUGAGGACGAGCUAUCUCAUAUGAAUGUCCGCGCACGAAAUCGACGAAGCGUCUUUGCAAGAACCCCUGCACCAUCCAAAAAAACCACCCAGGCAAAACGACCACCGAAGUCAAAUACCAAACAGACAUAUGCUUCUCGUGCAACAGUAACAUCCGACAAAGAGAACGAGGUUGAUCCAGACGAUAGCUUGGCGCCUUUGCCGGACAAUGAUGGUAAUGCAAGUCCGGAGAAUAGUCAGGAGAUGGAGGAGAGACUAGGAAAGGAGUUGAAGAAGGCGGCGAGGAAAUUCCAGGAGGUUGACAAGUGGGAGUUGGAGUUUGAGGAUGUUACUGGCAGUAGCUCACCCAAGGACGCUCGGUGA